GCUGCACACACGUCGGGAAGAGUCGUGCGGACGACGUUGUACAUUAAAGCGAAAGCUUAGUUGUUUUCAGGAGUAAAAAAGUUAAUCUGCGGUUGACUGUUUUUGGAGUAGUACGCUUACUUGGAAAUUCACAAAGUGGUGGGAAAGUUGGGAGACAUGUAGAGACUUUUUGAUCGCCGGUAUUGUAGCUUGACGAUGGAGGAGCCAGCGAUAAGAGAGUUUGAGAUGUCCCUGUCAGACGGUCCCUCUGACGACGACGACGAAUUCCCGUCGACUUUACCCACAGAUGGCAGCCACAGUGGGAGCAUCCGCAAGGGCUGUGAUCCUUUGGCUCAGACUCAGCGCAGUAAGCUGCAGCAUCGACGGGCUCGCAUCAACCAGCAGAUCAACAAGGAGAUGCGUAUGAGAACUGGAGCGGAGAACCUGUUCAGGGCGACAACCAACAACAAGGUGAAGGAGACGGUGGCUCUAGAGCUCAGCUUUGUCAACUCCAACCUGCAGCUGCUCAAAGAGGAGCUGGAGGAACUUAACAGCAGCAUGGACGUCUACCAGACAGACAGUGAGGCUGUCAAUGUUCCAAUGAUCCCACUUGGCUUAAAAGAAACCAAAGAGGUGGAUGUCACUGUUGCUAUCAAGGACUUCAUAUGUGAGCACUACGGGGAGGACAGCUUUCUCUAUGACAAGGAAAUCAAAGAGCUUAUGGAACUUAGACAGGCCAUGCGUACACCCAGUCGAAACCAGUCCGGUCUGGAGCUGCUAAUGGAGUACUACAAUCAGCUGUACUACCUGGAUCAACGCUUCUUCUCUGCUCAGAAGAAUCUGGGUGUUCAUUUCCACUGGUAUGACUCUUUGACUGGCGUUCCAUCGUGUCAGCGUGCGCUGGCCUUCGAGAAGGGAAGUGUGUUGUUCAACAUCGGAGCCCUGUACACGCAGAUCGGAGCACGACAGGACCGCUCUGCAACAGCUGGCAUAGACCGAGCUAUAGAUGCUUUUCAGCGUGCUGCAGGUGCAUUUAAUUAUCUUAAAGAGAAUUUUUCCAACGCUCCAAGUCUGGACAUGAGUAGUCCAUCACUCUGCAUGUUGGUGCGGCUCAUGCUUGCCCAGGUACAGGAGUGUGUGUUUGAGCGCAUCACCCUGACCACACAGGACACGCACUUUACCUCCCAGCUCCGGCUGGCACAGGAGGCUGCACGGGUGUCAGAUGUUUACUUGUUAGUGCAGCAGACUAUGACACAGCCUUUGAUGAAGGACUACGUGCCAUUUUCAUGGGUGUCCAUGGUUCAGGUAAAAUCUGAACACUUCCGCGCUCUCUCCCACUACUACGCUGCUGUUGCACUCUGCGACCACAUGUUGUUGGCAGGAGGGGAGGAAGAGGAGGAGGAAGCUGAGAAGGCCUUCCUUCAGUGCCAUGCCAGUGUUCCUGCUGGGCCACAACUCAGCCAGGUUCUUCAAGAUCCUGAAAAAAGACGAAAACUUGGUAAGGCCCACCUGCGGCGUGCUGUAAUCAGACAUGAGGAGGCCAUGCGUGUCCACAGUCUGUGCAAGAUCCUGAGAAAGAUGGAUAUCCUGCAGGAUGUGCUCUCUGUCACACACAAACGUUCCCUGGACAAAUACUCAGAGCUCGACCGAGAGGACGACUUUGAUGAAAUUGCAGAGGCCCCAGAGAUACAGUCUCAUACCCACCAGAAACCAGACGUCAUUCCACCCAACUUCUCCAUAGUCAAGGUUACUGAUAUCUUCCAAAGACUGGGUCCACUGUCAGUGUUCUGUGCGAGGGCUCGCUGGGGCCCGAUGCGUGUGAUCUGCCUGAAUAAGAGAGAAGGAGGACUGGGGCUCACGCUCAGAGGAGACUCUCCUGUCCUGGUGGCUGGAGUGGUGCCUGGAGGCUGGGCAGAGGAGGCUGGCUUGAGGGAAGGAGACUACAUAGUAGCAGUAGAUGGAAAGGACUGUAAGUGGGCCAAACAUGGUGAGGUGGUCCACAUGCUGAAGAGCUGCAGUGACAGAGGGGUGGAGAUCAGUGUGGUCACAUUACACUCACAUGAUACACAGCAGGUGGAGAGGAGGGCAGUUAUGCUGUCGCUGUGCAGCGACAAAGAAAACACUCGGCAUCGUCUGCUGUCUGGGGCUAAAGGCCAGAGCUCCGCCUCUUUGCUGAACUGGAACAGGAAGAAAAAGAGGGAAGGCAGCACGAUCACAAAAAGACUUGGAAGCGCUUUCAGUUUGUCGUUCGGAAGCAUCCGAGACACUGAGGCCAUGUACUAAGAGACGACUUCAGAAGAAUCACUCAGGGAAUAGCAGCGGAGCACACGGUACAAGUACAGCAGACACAAAGAAACAGCCUCUCCUGAGUUGAGGAGGUAGGUGAUGAUGCAAAGCUGGGACAAAGGAAAAGAAAAAACAUGUAUAGUCAAGGAACACGUGCUGUGCCAGGUUCUUCUUGCACACUCCAGCAUAUCUGACAUCUUCGUCAGUUAAUCAUUGAAAUGUGAUGUUUAUUACUUUUACCCAUUGUACAAAAGUGAAUUUGAAGUAUCACAGAAUUGUGUCCUGGCAUCUUUCUAACAGAGACUGCGCAGUAGGGGAGUCGAUAGUGGAAAUAUGUCUGUAAUUUCUCACCUGAAGUCACUACUAUGAAGGAUCUGUUUGCAAAUGAGCAGCACAAUAUGGCACUGCCCACAUCCAAGAUACCAUGGCUUCACUUUUUGGGACUGUCUACAUUGUACAGGCCUUGAACAGUGUCCCCAGUUCCUACACUGGGGUAACCUGACUUUGAAUUUAAAUUGCAUGUUUAGGAAGAAUGUGGUGGCAAUGUAUAUAAAGUCAGUAAGUGUGUGAGUAAAUAGAUGCAAAUUUUCCACAGGGCCUAGCAAAGUUACAUUUGUAGAAUUUCAAUGAGCUUUAUGUCAUAUAAGUGCAGUAGCUACAAAAAUAAAAGCACAAAAGUAUAAAGGGAGCAAAAUAACAGAACUGAGGCUUCUUCUUAAUUAAUUUCAAGGCUUUACAAACAUACAUGCUUGCUGUGUUGAAGCUGACAGCUGUACAGUACCCUUCUUUAUGGACACACUUUAAGUGUUCAAGCACUGUACAAUUCUGCCUGAUACAGCUGGCAAAGUUAUUUGGUAAGAAUAAAGAAACAAAACAGCUUCUGUCAGAGUGUAGUGGUUUACACAAAUUACUUUGGGGUUGCGUCAGAAGAGAUAUCUGGUGUAAAAACCUGCCAAUGUGGUGCUACCCACUGUGAUGAUCCCUUGUAAAUACAGCUGAAAGUAGCUUCUCUAAAUGUUAAUAAUCGUUGAAGAAGAUAGAGCAGAAUUAGCAAGGAAGUACAAAAUUUCUUGUACUGUAUUCUUGAUGUGACUGAAUAGACCAGCAGUCACCUGUGAUUAACCACUGAAGGCCUCCAACGGUUAAUCUGUUCACUUCUGACAGAAAGCACAUUCAGUUUUUAAUAGAUUAGGAUUAAUUCAGCCAGUCAGUUCAACCUGGAUUUAUUACUAAAAGUGUCAUGUUGGAAUUAAUCCUUAGAUCAUUUUUUUAUGUUUAGUUUUAUCAUUUCUAGGUGACUAAAGCACUUGAACUUUGCUCUGUUUUCUAAUGUAGUUUUAGUAUUUUGAAUGCACUGUGACAAAUAUUUUGUAAAUGUAGUUUCAGGUUUUACAAUAAUGCCUAUGAUGUACUCACAUUGAGAGGAUGUGUGUUUGGAUGUCAAAUGUGAUAGAGAGCGAUCAUGUAGGAAAAGCAUGACAUGAGGUGUGAUUACAUCAAAGUCCACUGUGUUUAACAAUGUCCAGCCACUGUACUGUAUGUUAGAAACAGCCAAUGUUGCAUCUGUAGUUGUAAGAGCUGUAUUGAGAAAAUGUUUCUUUCUUUAAAUCAAUGCUGUUUGAACUUUUUGUAAAAUUUUGAUACAACUUGAAGUAGCAUUUUGUUCCAGCUCAAAAUGAAUGUUAUUUGAGUUUGUCGUGUUCACUGUGACAUGACGGUCCAUAGUCAUGAGUGUGGAAAGCAUGAGGGGACAAGAGCAAAAAUUAGUGUUUAUCUGGGUCUUGUUUCGUCUAGAAAAUCUUAAAUAUAGUUUUAAAAGGUCUGACAACUUCUUUCACAAUGAUGAUAUUCACAUUCCUUUGAAAAUGAGCAACUUUUGUGCCACUUUUGACAGUAAGAAGACUAUUCGAGAUGCGAUACCAUGAUUCGUGCAUCCACCAGAGUAUGAAUGUUAGAUAGAAAGAAAACACUUAAGCAUAGAAAAAAUUGCUUGUAUGAAUAGACAUGAACGAGGUACGUUGUAUAAAGCACUUUGAUUGCUCAGCUAUAGUAGAAAAGCACUAUAUAACAACCAGUCCAUUUAACAUUUACUUUUCUCCACUUGUGUUAGCACAGAGAUGCUAAUUUCUUUCCUCUGUUCACUAACAUCAACUACUCCAGUUUCUGGAACUGAGGUAACAGUUUCAUUUUCUCCAUCCUGUGUUUGAACAUUCUUGAUAACCCGUUUUUGACCCGAGGCUGCCAGAUAAUCUUUCCUCCAUCCUGCUUUUGAAACAUUUUUUAAUUCCCUGUUGAGACACUGAGUUACCAAAUAUGCUUCUCUACAUCCUAUUUUUUCCAUUACAUUUCAGUUCACAUUGUCAGCAGGUUUCCAGAUACACUUUCCCUAUUCUACUUGUUAUAUUUGUCUGCUUAAUUUGUAUUUGUUGAGCAUUCUCCUGUACUGUGUUUAGCCCCAAUAAAAUUUAGCAAUUACAUGUUAUGAAAUAUAGCAUGUCUGUCUUCUGAGACAUGCAGCUUGUGGGGAUAGGUUAAUUGGAUAAUCCAAAUUGC